AUGUCCACUCCCACUAAUCUUAAAAAGAACAAUAACAAUGACGAUGACUCGCGCAAGUCACAAAAGAAGAGCCGUGACCACACCCUCACACGAGUGCGCAAUAACCAGCGCCGUUGUCGUGAGCGCCGCCGCCAGUAUAUAGCUACCCUGGAGCAGAAGGUUCAAGAAACGGAUCGUCUGCUUAAUGAAGCUCGCGCGGAGAUUGCUAAGUUGAGAUCUGAAUUAAUGGAGUGCAGGUCCCAUCGCCCCUUGGGUCCGGAUCGCGAUAAUCAACUUGCUGCGGGUGGGGGGAGUUCAGCAAGUAGUAGUAGUGGUGGCGGUGGUGGUGGUCGAGGGGUUGACUCAAUAGACGCAGCACCUUGGAGUAUAUCUUUCGGCGAAAUGGGUGGAUAUAGACAUGUAUCCGGGCAUGAUAAUCAGGAGGAGGAGCGAGAAUUGCUUGACCUGCUCCCUUCCCCGAUUCCCGCUGAACUCGACGACUCCUGGGUUGCCUCUUCCACAUUCUACGAUCAAACCGUAGAUAUUGGAUACAAUAAUGUUAUGCCAAACCCUCCUCCCCUCCAACAAGUGGACAUCCUAUCGUCGCCUUCCCCAGCUCUCAUCACAAAACCUUGCGGAACAGCUGCCUGUGGAUCCAAACCCCCAGACGCCAUCGCCGCAGACGCCGGAGCAGCAACCACCCCGCCCACCGCAUCGCUCUCACUUAGCACGAUCUCAACACCAACUCUGACAGCACUACAACUACAAGACCUGGUCCUCCCAAAUAUUCCCGCAUCACUCCUCAACAGCAGCAGCAGCAGCAGUGGCAGCAUCUACACCCUCUCCCCAGCCGACGAAUCCACAACGUCCUGCGCGCAAGCCUUCAUUUUUAUAUCCCAGCAGAACUUCAAGGGGGUUGACGCAUCGGUGAUUGAACGAUGGCUGUGUUGCGGGUUCCGGCAGGCUACAGAUCCUCGAGAGGGGUGUCGGGUGGAGAAUAACUUACUCUUCCAGGUGUUGGAUUUCAUCAGUGGCCCAAAGAAACUGCUAAAUUGCUCAGGGGCUGAAAAUAGCCAGCUAGGGAUUGAAAGAAGUUGGAGAAAUUGUUUUAAUUUCGAGGCCGGAAUGGAUGGCUUGUAUCCGAAACACCCAGGCAGUAUUUUUUGUUCCUUUCUUAAUGAAACUUGCUCAACUAUAUUGGCCGUUUACUCGCUCAUCAUCAUAAACAAAGCGGGUGGGCUAAUAUACAACCGCGAGUUCCAGUCGGGACUAUUGAAGCUGUCUACGAAUGACUACCUGGUGCUGGCGGGGACGUUUCAUGGAAUCCACGCAAUAACCCGCUCCCUCACACCGCGCCUCCCCACAAGCCCCACGACCACUUCCUCCGCCUCAACCACAAACACAGGCACAACAAUCCCCUCACACGCCCACGCCCUCUCCUCCUCUUCCUCCAUCAGAAGCCCUCUCUACCCCCCAAACACCACCAGCAGCAGUUCCUCCCUCCCACCCACCGGCACCACCAGCACCACCGGCGCCGAGACAAGCACCACCUCCGCCCUCCCGCCCAACACCACAGUCCCCAACCCCUCCCAACCCAUAACCGGCAUAGAGGUGCUCGAAACCGACAAGUUCCGCCUCACCUGUUUCCAGACGGUGACGGGGACUAAAUUCCUACUCUUCACGGACCCGCUGAUGGCCGGCGUGGAGACGGUCAUGCGCAAGAUCUACGAGCUGUAUGCGGACUAUGUGAUGAAGAAUCCGUUUUAUCAGCUGGAGAUGCCGGUCAGGUGCGAUGCGUUUGAUAGGCACGUAGCUGGGUGGGUCAAGGGGAGGGGGUAG